AUCUCUUAUUUCCCCCCAGCCUUCUAAAAUAGACACACUGUCCCUAAAUAAAUAAAUAAAAAAAAAAAGAAAACGGAAGGAGAAACUGAUGACGAUUUUUUUCUUUUUUUUUUUAAGCUGCGAUCUAUGUUACCCUGCUGACUUCCCUCCCCCACGCACCGCACACACACAGAAAAAGUGACACCUUUGUUACCUCCCAAACUCAGCCCUUUUUUUUUUCAUGCUUGCUGUUACUUGGCUUCUUUUUUUUUUUUAAUAUUUCUAAAUGACAAAAAGUUCAUCAUGGCUAUUCUAUCCCAAUACCAACACACACACAGUUGGAUACGAUCGUCCCAUUCAUUUCGUCGUUCGAGGUAUCCAUGUGAACCAUUUAGAGUUAUGGUCCAAUCUCUCCAUCACAGGGACAUGGCAUGCACGUUCCUUUCUUCAUAAAGGAGAUGAAUACGUGCUCACCGUGAAAGACACUUUACCCCCAGGUGAAUAUCAGUACACGUUUCGUUUUAAACAAUCCAUGGAGGCACCUUGGUCUUGGUAUGGUCACUAUGAACAAAAUCGUCAUGUACACGUCUCUCGUCCAAAGAGACCAUUGUCACCGCUCGUACUACCUGACAACGCACUCUGUCUUAUCAAUGAACAGCGAGGUAAAGUGGAUCUAUAUCAUUUUCGAACCCAGCAUCAUUCCACAUGUCAUCUACGUCCAUUCAAUCGUCAGUCCUUUGUUGCCUGUAUCAAGAAAGGGUCGUGUUGGUUGACACCGGUCACAAGUUUAGAAAAGGAUCAACAAUGGCAAAUGGUUUUAUGUGGAGAAUCGGAACAAAUCUAUUUAUGGAUGAUUGUUGACAACGGUGGAUGGAUGUCACCAGGUACGGAUGACACAAUCCUAUUAAAUCAUCAUCAUGAGGGUGACGUGAUCUUGGCUGUGACAGAGGAGAAGGAGGAUGUCCGUUUAUUGGUUCAGACAGCGGUACGAUACAUACUGGGACAUAAACAGAAGAAGAAGAGUACAAAAGAGAAUUUCAUGUUGAACAAGUUGGGGUAUUGUACUUGGGAUGCCUUUGGAAAGACAGUGAGUGCAGAUAAGCUGAACAGGGUAUUAACGAGUUUAAAGCGAAAGGAGAUCCCUGUGGGUUAUUUGAUUUUAGAUGAUGGGUGGCAAACAGUGAAUGAAAAGGAUGAGAUGGUUUCCAUGGAAGCCAACCCUACGACCUUUCCUAACGGGUUAAAAAUGACAUUGAAACAGAUCAAAUCCGAUUAUCCGUGGAUAGAAUCGAUUGGCGUAUGGCAUGCUUUAUGGGGAUAUUGGCAUGGCAUAGAAAAAAAUCUGGCACAAAAGUACAGCUAUGAUGCCUGCAGGGACAUGGGUCUUGUACAGGAUCCACAGGGAUUUUAUCAUGACUUUUAUCAUUUCUUACAUGCAUCGGGUGUAGAUUUUGUCAAGGUGGAUAAUCAAGGUGCCCAAGUUACGUCAGAGGAAAGGUGGGACCUUUACCGUCAAGCCAUGUUAGAUGCUGCCGACUCAUUUUUCUCAGGUCAUGUCGUUCACAGUAUGGCACUCACACCGCAUAUCUUAUUUCAUCCCAUGCUCCCUAGUGCCAGUUUAUUUCGUAACAGUGAUGAUUUUUUCCCCCAUGAAAAGGAGAGUCAUUCAUGGCAUAUCUAUGCCAAUGCCAUCAAUGCCUUAUGGACAGCUCAUUUGGUGGGUGAUUGGGAUAUGUUUCAAUCCCUUCAUCCCUUUGCAGUAUACCACGCCACAAGCCGGGCUAUCUCGGGUGGACCUAUUUAUAUUACGGAUGAAGAGGACAAACAUGACGCCACCCUUCUAUACAGACUUGUGGGACAAACGAGACAUGAGGGGUAUACCAUCUUGCGUUGUAAGCAACCUCCUUACCCUACAUUGGACACUGUAUUUGGAGACCCCAUGAGCCGUCAUCAGGGUGCACUUCUUCAACUAUGGAACUCAAAUAACAAUGAUUACCGUCUGCAUGGAUUUUGGAACACGGGACCAUGUGAGCAAGUGGGGAUAGUGACCACCGAUGCACCAUGGAUGGUAGGCUAUGUUGUCCAUGGUGGUAUGGAUGAAGGUCAUGUGUACACAUUGAAGAAGGGACACGAUGUGAUGAGUGUGCGUGUGGAAGGAUUUGCUUCUUGUUUGGUAUCCCUGAGUCCCGUGAUGGAAAGAAAAGGGGUUUCGAUCGCUUGUUUGGGUUUGAUUGACAAGUUCAAUGGGACAAGGGCGAUUGAUAAAAUAGAUCAUGGAGAGUAUCAUCAAGUGUGGUUGACGCAUCGAGGCUUAUGUGGGUUUUGGAUGGAUAAAAGACCAGAAGGAGUUACAGUGGAUGGACACACGGUGGAUUUUGACUGGAAUGAAGUAAAUGGGUUGUUAAAAGUGAAUAUGAUGCUCGUACCUUUACAUGUCACAAACCAUGAUUUAUUUUGUAUCUCGAUUGUUUAAAAAGUGUAUAUAUAUAUAAAAAAGGUUUUAUUAAAAAAGUAGAAGUAGUAGUAGUAAUGGGAUGAUAAUAAAAUAUAUAUAUAUAUGAAAGGGGGAAUAAUUAUAAUAAUAAAAAGGUAGUUGCAA